AUGCCCCCGAAGUUCUUUGUAUUCUCAGAGUUGAGGGCGUGUGAGAUGAGACGAACACUGAAGGGCCUUCAAAACUCAGGAGUUCAGAUAUUUGUUGAUGAAAAGCUCGUCGAUCUGGAAUGUGCCGACGACAUCAUUCUCGUCUUGAAGGAAAGGAGCAGAUGUUCUUGGACAGAUUGUCCAGAAUCAUCCGGUUUUUUGGCAUACCCUUUGCACCCACAAAGUAUAACGGUAUACAUAAUAUACAGUCACCGAAAGCGUUACUCACAAUUUAAGGAGAGCUCAGUCACUAUGGGUAAUACCCCAGCGCACCACAAGCGUCGCCUUUCAGGCGAUGGUGAGUAUAGGUUGUCUGGAACCACCCCAACGUAUGUGAGCGUGACCAUUCCACCCAUGAAACGUCGGAACAUGCACAGUAUGACGGACCUGUCCAAAUCUGCCCCGCCAGAUUAUUCGGAAGAGUUGGUCGAACCCUCCCCGACAGCGGUUCGAGAACUUCUCGGCGUAGACCGGAUGGCUAUUGAUGAGGCCACGUCAAUGCUACGUGCCGCCAGUCUACGUGAUUCCAUAAAUAAUCAUCCCUCGUUGAGCAAACCUGCCACAACCUCCGCCGCCACUACAGACCACCAGAAUUUAGAUCCCUAUCCAGACGAAUUGCUCCGGGAUAAUUCUUUGCGCAAGCACCGGCCGGCUAGCACCGGUUGUCCCAGUCCAACUGAUCGGCGUCUCUUUCUAGCCCAAUCAGGAGCCAGUACCUGCAGCUCACCGGUUACCGUGGACAGACCGACCACGCUGACUCACACAUUCGCUCGACCAGCCCGUCGGACAGCUCACCAGCAGAGAUUCAAUCAUCAGACUCCGGAUUCCGAACUCAAAUGUCCCACGGUGUUCCGGUGGGACGGUGGAGGAAAAGAUAUUUAUAUUAGCGGGACGUUCAACAACUGGGAGAAACGCAUCCCAAUGGUUAAAAGAAACUCUGGGGUGUACGUGAUUAUCGACUGCACUCCGGGUACGCAUGAGUAUAAGUACUUCAUCGAUGGAGCCUGGUACCAUGACCCGACAAAGCCCACGGUAGACAACGGCCUCGGAACAAAAAACAACGUGGUCCACGUCAAAUUCUCCGACUUUGAUGCCAUACAGGCCCUGGAGCUGGACCAGGCUAACAGUCGACAUCGAUCCAGUGUAAUGGAAUCUUCCGACCCCGACUCACUGGGUCAUUCACCCCCGGGUAACUAUGGACGCUACAUCCCCUCACACCCGUCGGAGUUUCAGCGCCGAUCCGGAUCGUUCGGAUCUCCCGGCCCUAUCGCCCCAGGAAUAGGGACCCUCACGCAGCCGCCAUUAUUGCCGCCACACUUGUUGCAAGGCAUUCUGAAUAUGGAUACCGGUGUUCACUGUGACCCUAACUUGCUGCCACCACCGAAUCACGUGAUCGUCAACCACCUGUACGCCUUGUCAAUUAAGGAUGGCGUUAUCGUCCUCAGUGUCAUUACCCGAUACCGUCAGAAGUUCGUAUCCACCGUAUUCUACAAGCCUAUACAAGAUUGAGAGCUUGGUUACCGCCCCGAUCGGGGGCGACGUUGUACAGUGGACAAUCAACACCCCGAAACCUGUUCAUGUGCUUCGG